UAACAUUAAAAAAUUAUUCAGUUGAUGAACUAAAAUAUCUGGGAACACCUAUAACAGCGGUAGCGACAUUAUAAGUUGUGGAACGAAGAAUUCAAGGAUUCAAAUAACAUUGCUGAUUGUCAAAUUUUGCUAGCCCAUAUAACAAUGUUCAAAUCACCGCUUGCUAUUUGUCUCUGCUUCAUUUUCUCAUCGAUCUACGCUGAGCAAAGCGAACCAACCGUUGAGGAGAUCUGCAAGCAAGUUGCCCCGAGUACCACUAUUAUAUACCCUAACACAUGUGAUAAAUGGGUUCGGUGUCCGUCGUCGUUUGGUGCUGAAGAUUACGAAGAAGGCUCAUGUGUUUUCGGCUUAUAUUUCAAUAAGGACACUGGUCGUUGUGAAAGCAUUGAAGAUGUUGUCUGUCCUUAUGCAUCUGCUGAAACCAGCAAUCGUUGCGCUACCAAAGAGGAUGGUACCUUCUUGGAGGAUCCAGAUAACUGCAGUGGUUACGUUUUUUGCAACAACGGCACAGAAAUACAAUCCGCUUGCCCAUAUGGUUUAAUAUUCAAUCCAGAACAGUCAGCCUGUGUAUAUUCAAAGGAUUACAAUUGUGUAGUGAAAGAAGCUGUAGCCGACGUCAAUCCCAUUUGUAAAGCUGUGCCAAAAGGCCUCUUACUUGCGAAUACCAACGACUGUACGAAAUAUUAUAAAUGUGACGAAGAAGGUCAACUCGACUCUUUAGAGUGUUCUGAAGGCGAAGCAUACAAUUAUACUACCCUGAAGUGUGUAGCCCGAAACGAAGUGAUCUGCCACCCUUUAGCGCCAGAACUUGAACCAGAGCUUGAUGUUUGCGGCAGCGACAAUAAUACCUUAGUUGGCUACAUUGCCGAUAAAGAAUCUUGUAGUGCAUAUUAUAUUUGUGCCCAGAGAGAAGAUGGAAAACCUGACCGCCAACCUAUGCAUCUCAAAUGUCAAACAGGCUACUUCUUUGAUAGCAAUACAUGGUCCUGUCGCAAUCGUGUGAAUGUUAAGUGCUACUUGGACCGUUGUGAAGGAAUGGGUGACAAAUACGUCAAUGUUAUCGGCGAUUGUGCGUCCUAUGCACAUUGUAAAAAUGGCGUUACAGUGAAUAAUGGUACAUGCAAAACUGGAUUUUUCUUCGAUGAACGCUUACAGGUUUGCACUCAAGAAACUAUCACAUAUGCAGCCUGUAUGCGAACAACUUUUACCUUAUUGGCCGCGGUUGCCAUUUCUGCAGUGCAAUCUGAAAUGGAAGCGUUAACGGUUGAGGAUAUUUGUAAACAGAUGCCACCAAACAUCUUCAUUUUGCGUCCAAAUUCUUGCGACAAUUGGGUUCAGUGUCCAUCCACACUUAGUGGUCAAGACUAUGAUGAAGGCUACUGUGCGUUUGGCUUAUAUUUUAACAAAGAUCUGAGUCGUUGUGAAUCGUCAGAAGACGUAACAUGUCCCUUCGAGAGUACCGGAAACAAUGAUGUUAACCAGUGCGCUUCAAUGAAAGAUGGCACUUUCUUGGCAGAUCCCACAAAUUGCAACAGUUACAUCUACUGUAUGGAUGGUCAGGAAGCUUAUUCAAAUUGCCCCCGAGAUUUAGUAUUCCACCCCAAAAAAGGUUCUUGUGUAUAUUCAAAUGAAUACCAAUGCCCUAAACAAGCUGAAAACUUAACUGCAAGCCCAAUUUGUAAUUCGAUACCUGGUGAAACAGUAUUCGCCGACAUCACGGAUUGUACGAAAUACCAGCAAUGCGGACAAGACGGCAAACUAAGUUCGUUGCAGUGUGCAGAAGGUCAAGCAUUUAAUUAUACGACAUUGAAGUGCGUUGCUCGCAAGGAGGCAGUUUGCCAUCCUUUAGCACCAGAACUUGAAGCUGAAAUCGAAAUUUGCGGCACGGAGGACCUUGUACGAGAGGGCUAUAUUGCCGACGAUCAAUCAUGUAGCGCAUAUUAUAUAUGUGCCAAGCAGAAGGAUGGAAAACCUGAUCGCAAACCUAUGCAUUUAAAAUGUCAAGAAGGAUUCUUUUUUGAUAGCGCAACUUGGUCAUGUCGUGACCGUCUGAAUGUCAAAUGCGCUUUAGACCGUUGCGAGGGAAUGGAUAACAAAUAUGUGAAUGUGGCUGGGGACUGUAGUGCAUAUGCUCGCUGUAAAAAUGGCGUAACCAUCGCCAGUGCUGGUUCUCCCGUUCACUUUGCGUUGGGAAUUAUACUGCUCUGCAGUUCCAUGACCAACGCCGCCGUAGAUAUGGACAACAUCUGCUUAUUGCUAAAAAAUGGUGCCCUGAUUGCUAGUGGCGAUUCCUGUUCACAAUAUUAUUCUUGCUCCAAUGGAACCGCUACCGCUCAAAGCUGUGCCACCGGCAGCUAUUUCGAUAAGAAUUCACAAAGUUGCGUUGGUGUAGCUCCAUCGUAUUGUACCUCUUCUUCUUCGACUCCUUGUAGCGGACAUGCCGUAGGAACCUUCGUUGCUAAGCCUGAUUCUUGUGAAGGCUACUAUUACUGCUCAAGCACAGGCGCAGAAGUCGGUAAUUGCCCUAACGGUCUAUAUUUCGACGCUGAAAACCAAAUUUGUAACUACCCUUCCGACGUUAACUGCCAGGCAACUAUUACUGAGGAUACUGAUGCAGACACACCGAUCAAUUUGUGUUCGUAUGUACAAGUAGGAGUGUACUUUGGUAAUGCUUUCAAUUGUUCAGGAUGGUUAAAAUGUACUAGCGACACCAAGUUCGACAAUGGAACUUGUAAAAAUAAUUUGCUCUACAAUACAGCGAAACAGAUGUGCGAUUAUGCUUCAAACGUUGAUUGCUCGCAGGUAACUAACGACCCGCAGUUAGAUGUGACAGCAAAUGGUGGUGGUGGCGCAUGCACAACCAAAGGAACCAAAAAAAAGGCUGUCGCCUGCAAUCAAUAUUACGAAUGCGAUGGUACUAAAUACCAACUGACGAAGUGCGGUGGCAGCUUAUACUACGAUACAGAUACUGAAACUUGUGUAAACCGUAUUGAUGCUUAUAAUGAUUGCGAUCGUUGCUUAGGUACCACUGACACGUUUGUAAAUGCAUUCGGUACCGAUUGUCAUAAUUACUUGUACUGUUCAAAUGGUGUCAAAAAGGACUCAGAGCCAUGCCCAAACAGCGGUUACUUCAAUGAAGAGAUGGGCGGUUGCGUAUCAGUAAGCCCAGAUUUUAAAUGCUGUGCAAAUGCUACCGAAACCGAUACCGCUACCACUGUAGCAAAAUAAACCGCAAAACUACCUUAUAUUGAGAAAUGCAAUCUACUGUUAGUCCGGAAGUGCCUUCGAUCUUAAAACCUCCAGCAUAAAUUGAAUGGAAAAAUACGAAAGAUAUAUGUAUUUGGAUAGAAUAAACUAAACAAACAAAAAAAAAAAUUCGAACACACAUUGUAAUUAUUUGUAAUAUUAUUCAGAACUUCUAAUAAAAUUCAGAAAUAUGCUUAAUAA